GGUAGUUCCUUCCUGUUUCACGGCGCUUCCGUGGUGCUGAAAUUCCAUCUGGUCUCACGUGUUUACUGUGUAUAAAAGACUCUUUGUACCUCAUCAACAUGUCUAGUCUGUCACCGGACAAACGGCGAAAAAUGGAGUCAGCUUUAAACCAACUGAAGAAAUACACUGUAGUAGUGGCCGACACUGGGGAUUUCAAUGCAAUCGAAGAGUACAAGCCCCAAGAUGCGACCACCAACCCUUCCCUCAUCCUGGCUGCUGCCAAGAUGCCUGCCUACCAGCACCUCGUUGACCAGGCCAUUAAAUAUGGCAUCACCAAAGGCGGAACUGAAGAUGAGGAGUUAACCAACAUCAUGGAUAAACUGUUUGUCAGUUUUGGCCUUGAGAUCCUCAAGAAGAUCCCAGGCCGGGUCUCCACCGAGGUGGACGCACGGCUGUCCUACAACAAGGAUGAAAUGGUAGCCAGGGCCCUGAAGCUCAUUGCUCUGUAUAAGGUUGAGGGAAUCGACAAGGAGCGCAUCCUCAUCAAGCUCUCGUCGACCUGGGAAGGCAUCCAGGCUGGGAAAGAGCUGGAGGAGAAGCAUGGCGUCCAUUGCAACAUGACCCUGCUGUUUUCCUUCGCGCAGGCUGUGGCCUGCGCAGAGGCCAAGGUCACCCUCAUCUCACCCUUUGUGGGGCGCAUUCUGGACUGGUACAAGGAAAGCACCGGCUGCAAAAGCUAUGAGCCACACGAGGACCCAGGUGUACUGAGUGUGACCAAGAUCUACAACUACUACAAGAAGUUUGGCUACGCCACUGUGGUGAUGGGCGCCUCCUUCAGGAACACCGGGGAAGUCAAGGCCCUGGCUGGCUGCGACCUGCUCACCAUCUCCCCCGGCUUACUGGAAGAACUCAGCCAGGACCAUGGCACUAUCAAAGAGAUGCUCAAUGAGAAGAACGCCAAGGACUGUGAUCUGGACAAGGUUCACCUGGAUGAGAAGGCCUUUCGCUGGGAGCACAACGAGGACCGCAUGGCCGUGGAGAAGCUUUCAGACGGCAUUCGCAAGUUUGCUGCCGACGCCGUUAAACUGGAGUGCAUGAUAAAGGAGAAAGUUCUUAAUGUGAAGAACGGCCAGUAAUGGAGGAAGGAGGCACAUGGUCCCAUCCAAGCGUCUAACCCUUUAAGAUGUGUGGUGACUGUUUGUAUUGUGGACCAUCAUAACCGAGGAACCAGGGAACUUGGAACCCCCCGCCCCCUGGAAGGCCCUCUAAAAACGACCAUCAAGUCUACUACAAUGUUCCUGAAUUCUGAACAAACUUAUAACCGCUUGGCUUAAAUGCAUAUUAUUAGCCUUGCUAAGUAAACCAAUUGAACAGAAUCUUCUACAUUUAUAAAGGCUAUUAAAAGUAUACAUUUAUUUUAUACAGUACUCAAAAGGUACAUCGCAAAAUGAACAUCAACUCUGACAUUCCACCGAAUGUAAAUAAAGAUCUGUUUUAAA